AUGUAUGGUAGAGCUGGUCUAGAGCGAUUCAAGAAAGCUCAAUCCUCCGAACCGUUCUCAGUUUCAUUCUGCUCAGCCCCCAAACCCACAAAAGCUCAGACCUUGCAGUCUUCGUCUUCCUCUGCGACCAAUUCUUCAGUUAGAUGUCUGCAAACAAAUGUUGCUCAAAAGCCUGCUGUGCCAGAGGCAGGGCCAUUGUUAGCUCUUGCUGCUCAGCAGCAGAUUCAAGUUGGAGGUGGGCAGUCUACUUGGCAGCCACCAGACUGGGCAAUCGAGCCUCGGUCGGGGGUUUAUUAUCUCGAAGUGUUGAAGGAUGGCGAGGUUAUGGACCGGAUUAAUCUCGAUAAGAGGAGGCAAAUAUUUGGAAGGCAAUCCAUUCCUUGUGAUUUUGUGCUUGAUCAUCAGUCUGUGUCUCGUCAACAUGCUGCUGUUGUCCCUCACAAAAGUGGAAGCAUCUAUGUAAUUGAUUUGGGAUCUGCUCACGGCACAUUCGUUGCAAACGAGAGGUUGACAAAAGACACGCCUAUGGAGCUCGAAGUCGGGCAGUCCUUGCGCUUUGCUGCUUCAACUAGAACCUAUGUUCUAAGAAAGAACAAUGCAGCUUUAUUCACGAGCCUCCCACCUCCUACAGAGAUCAUAUUACCACCAUCUCCCGAUGUAAACGACGAAGAAGCAGUUGUAAAUUACAACACUCAGAUAAAUCGGUAUGGUCUGGAAAAGCUUUCCGAGCUCCCAGACUUCAAACCUAGUAGUCAUUUAAUCAGAAAAAAAGGGGACAGCCAGCAACAGUCAGAGAGAGAUGCAAAGAGGAGAAAGAAAGCAAGAGUUGUGUUCAAAGAUCACGUUGGUGGUGAGCUGGUAGAGGUUGUUGGGUUUUCAGACGGCAUAGAUGUAGGGACGGAGUGUGGACCAAUUGGGGUCAAAGAAGGAAGUCUUGUGGGGAGAUACGAAUCUCUUGUGCAGAGUGUGGUCAUACCAAAAGGGAAAGAAGCGUCUUCUUCAUCAUCGAAGGAGAGUAGUGGUCUUUUGCAGCAAGGGGUUACUAACAAGCUGCAAGAAGUGUUGACUAAGGUCAAAACAGCUCCACCUCAGCAGAAGGGGUUGUAUGACAGCCUUUAUGACGAGUCGUUUUCUGGCAAACUCGGUUCAUCUUGGGCGAGUUCUUCCGUCAAAGAUGGCCAGGCAAAGGCUAGCAGUGGUUCGAGUGAAAACUCUCGGAGUAAGUUGAGCUCGUAUGAUGAUGAUGAUGAUGAAGAUGAUUUGUUUGGAGACUAA